GAGAGAGAAGCAGGCUUCCUGCGGAGCAGGGAGCCCGAUGCGGGACUCGAUCCCAGGAUCCUGGGAUCAUGACCCAAACCGAAGGCAGCCACCCAACGACUGAGCCACCAGGCGCCCUAAAUAAGUACUUUAAAGGUGUCUGCGAUCCAACGAUACAUGUACCACGAGGGCGUCACGUGUAUAGCGGAAGCAGUUUGUCUUUCCUCCCCCCUGACUCUCCAGGGAGUUGGGAAAUGUGCUCCAGAUAGCCUCUUUGUACUCUCCUGUAUCCCCACCUUUGGAUUUGUUUACCUGUUUUCACCUGUCAUUUGCUGACCUUCUUUGGGGUGAGUUCACAGGUGCAUCUGGAUGUCCUUUACCACGCUUGUCUCCUUGUUGCUUAGCUCCUGUAAGUUUGCUUGCCACUCUUCAUCCUGGACCUUACAUCAUUAUCAAGUGUUUCACUUUUGUUCUAUUUUACGUCUGUUUAAAACCUGCCAUUCUCUAAGCCUCCUUAUUCUUGGACUUCCAACACAUUUAUAUUGUGGUUCUCAUUGCAGGAUAUAUGGGAGAAUGUAUGAGGAGCUUUUUACAAAUGCUGGUAUAUAGGCCUCACUAAAUCAGCUCUCAGGGGGUGGGGUCCAGGCAGCGUCGUGAGAUGGAGUGAAAAAUCAGGAUACAAAGCACUCUAGCCACCACUCCCACAUGCGGAGCGCCAGGUGUCAGGGCCGUGUGAAAUAUUGGAAGGCUUCUCUGUAAGGAAAUUGGAUGGCAUCAAGCUAAGGCCUCUGUCUUCUGGCAUUCAAGGAUUCCCUUGCCUAACAACCUCCUCCCCACCUAAGGAUCCUAGUAGAUCAGAUCCUGCCAGAUAAGACCCUGCCACACAUCCAAGCCCCUGAUGAGGUCUUUCUUGUUUUCUGAACUAGGAUAGAUAGCCUACAGUCACCAGACAUCUGAGGGGAAGCCUGCAGUGUGAGAGAGCUGAAGAUAAAAAGGUGACCCUAAAGGAGACCCAGAAAACAAACAAAAGCUUUAAGGGGGGGGAAAAAAAAAACCUUACAAAAAACUUAAUGAUUUAUCAACUAGAAUUCAGCUACACAGACACGGCACAGAUGAUUCAAUUAAGGUUAUAUAACAAGCUAUAAAUGUUAACUUAGAGAAUAGAUGACAGACAUUGAGCAAGAAAAGGAGGACAAGAGGUGAAGAGAAGUAUAAGGAUUCUGUACUUGGAUUUUACAGGAGGUUUUGUGUAGGUGUGGGACAAGAUGUAAAGGUUUCAGAAUCCUUAGAGCAGCAAAGGUAACUAAUAGAAUGAAGGGGUACAGUGCUCUCAGGAAGAAGAUGGGAGAGGAGAGUGGGACCAGUGAGCUAAACUGCAGCCCGUGCUAGGCUCUGAAAACAGCUGCUGCAGAUAAACGCGUGGCCCACCAACAAACCGCACGUCAGGAACCACCUGAAGCGAAGCCCCAGAAAUGGGAGGGCCGGCUUUCCACUAGAAUCUCUUCAGGAUCUCCUAAUUUUUUUAGCCACAGGAUGGAAGUCAAACUUCUGCAUCGUCUUGUGACGAGGCUGAGAUGCAGAGUGGCAGCCAGGAACAAGCUGAGAGAGAGCCGGUUGGCCAUGGCACCAAAACCAGGAGAAGGUGCAGGACGGUCCACAGGAACCCUGACUCCCAGCAGGAUGAUUCAGAGAUAAAAAUAAGUGAUCACGCUGAAUUGCAGAAUCAAGAGAAGCAGGAAAACCAGGAUCUCAGAACAGUUGCAGAAGUUCCUUCACCACCAGAUGAGAGCCAAGGAGAGGAGAAUGCCGUUUCCUCAGGAAAAAGAAGAAUAAAUGGUAAUGAAGAUUCAAAGGUACCUUCAGAAAGAAAGAAGCCUCUCUACACAGAUGGGUUUUCCAAACUUGGAAAAAGCAAAAGAAAUACAAGCACUACUCCAAACUUUAAGAAGCUUCAUGAGGCUCGUUUUAAGGAAAUGGAGUCCAUUGAUCAAUAUAUUGAGAGAAAAAAGAAACAUUUUGAAGAACACAAUUCAUUUAAUGAACUGAAGAAGCAGCUGGUCACCAAGGGAAUGGUGGUGACUCCAGUUCCUCUCCGGGGAAGGCUCCCCGCGGCUUGCACUCCCACCAGCCAGCGCCACUCGCAGGGCCGGCCCCUGGGCACUGCAGGCCGGAGCACCUUGUGUGGGAAGGGCUCCGCCAAGCGAUCCGUCCUCUCGGCUACUAAGAUGAACGUCAGGUUUUCAGCUGCUACCAAAGAUAAUGAGCAUAAGCGUUCACUGACCAAGACUCCAGCCAGAAAGUCUCCACAUGUGACCAUCCCUGGGAAUACCCCAGAAGGCCAGGCUGUGCUCGGGACAGACAAGUUAAAGACCACAAAUGGAAAUUCUGCUUCUGUUGUUACCCCAUUCAAAUUGACAACUCAGGCAGUACAGACUCCAGUCUCCAACAAGAAGCCAGUGUUUGAUCUCAAAGCAAGUCUGUCUCGUCCCCUCAACUAUGAGCCACACAAAGGCAAGCUGAAACCAUGGGGUCAAUCUAAAGAAAAUAAUUCUCUGAAGGAGCAUGUAAACAGAGUUAGCUUCCACAAGAAAACUUACAAACAACCUCCUCUCCAGACUAGGGAGGAAAAACGGAAACAACAUGAGCAAAGACGGAAGGAGAAGAAAGCAAAGGUUUUAGGAGCUCGAAGAGGACUCAUUAUGGCUGAAGAUUAAUUUUUUAACAUCCUGUAAACAGUAUUUUAUUCUGAACCCUUUCUUUAUUGUAAAUAUUUUUCUACUGUCUUUCCCACUUUAGUCAAAAGACUUUUUUCUGCUCUUUGUGUUCACUAUCUACGUAGUGUUGGUGGUUCUCUUCACAUACUACAUCCCUGGAAAGUUGUUAUUGACCUUAAAGCUCACAAAUUCUUUGAAAUGGUUUUUAUCUAAGUCUCUGUACAAUUCAGUUUUCUAAUGAGACUCAUCCUAUAGAUUCUUGACCUAGAUUUUUAAUGUCAAGUUCCCUCUGCUGACAGAACUGGAAUCCUCUUCCAGACAGAAGCAUUAACCUGAUGGUAGGUAGUUCUACCACAACCUUUAGUAGAACCUAAACCACUAACAAGCUGAGAAAGCCACCUCAUCCUCCUCCAGAAGAUCGAGUCGUCUUAAUGAAACAGGGAACCAAAUGGGUUGGUAAUGGCGUAAAUAUUCUACCUAGGUGAAGUGUUUUGUUACCUAUGCACAUUUGUUCCAAUCACUUGAUGGAAUAGCCCUCUGUCACUCACUAUAUUCUUAAAAACUCUAUAGCUCAUUCUAGCCUUAAAAAUAUACAGGGUCAUACUGAAAUCUGAGGAUUGCUGCUGCAAGGAUUAAUAUGGUCUGUCAGAGUUACAUCUUACUUUAUGGAAAAGACUAGGGUUGCUUAGCCUCCUAGCCAUGUUUGUUGCACCUCAGCGGAGCUUCAGAGCUUUGUACUGUUUAAGAUUUUCAUAAAUGUUUUCUCAUGGUGGUAGAUUCUUUGUAAAUAAAUUCAUGAUUGAGUUGACCAGCUAAGAUUAAGAAGUUUACUUAUACUCUGUUCAUCCUGUCCUGACCACCUCUUCUCACCCUAAGAAAUGACCAUGUUUUCCUCUUGUAUUUUUCACAGCACAUGUCCAACUCUGUUAUACUUACUGUUAAACAUACACGAGCCCACAGAACAUUGGCAUACUCCCGGGUGCUGAAUAAACCCAGAUUUUGCUAUUGAGAAGCAGAGAUCAUAUCAAUUAAACCAGCAUCAAAUAAACUGCAGCUAGAAAGGCAAAAUGAUCUAAUCAUUUUGGAAAACAGGUUGAUGGCUUCUUAAAUAUGUCUACCACAUUACCCAACAAUGGCAUGGGUCACACUGACGCACAUGACCUUCUACUCCUAGGUAUAUACCCAAGAGAAAGAGAAGCACAUGUCCACACAAGAACUUCUAGGCAGAUAUUUACAGGAAUAUUAUUCAUUGUAGCCAAAAAGUAGAGAACAUCCAGCUGUCCAUUAAUAAAUUAAAAAUGAUGCACUAAAAAGGAAUAAAGUAUUAAUAAAAUGUUACAAGAUGGAUGAAUCUCACAGAUCUUAUGCUAAGUGAAAAGAACCAGACAUAAAAGGUCACAUAUGAUUCUCUUUGUACAACAUAUCCAGAUAAGCUAAAACUAUGGAGAAAGUAGAGCAGUAGAUACCUGGGGGUGGGGGUGUUAAGGUUACUUCUAGGACAGAUAGAAAUUUUCUAAAAUUAGCUUGUGAUAAAGCUGACAAGUCUGUGAAUAUAUUAAAAAUCACUGAAUUGCAUAGCAAUCUCCUUUCCUUAAAUGAUGGAUUAGAAAACACAAGAAACUUACAAGGAAUAGAGUAGGAGAAAGACAUCAACAGUCAUCUUGAGGACUCCUUGCUUUGGCAAUGCCUAUGUGUGUAGGGGAAUUGUUCCUAAUGAAUCAUUUUAACCCAAUCCAGUUAAGUUCUUUACAUGAUACCUCCGCAUCAGGACUUGUAUUAAGUUACAGCUUAGAACCUAGGUUCAUGCUAUGCCUCCCUCUGCAGCCCCUCUUGACAAUAGCAUUUAGAUUUGUCCCAGGGAAUACAUACCAGCCAUUGGUUGGAAGCCAUGAAAGAAGUACUUUAUUUUGUCUCUGUCAUCAUGGAUAAUACUACUUAGUUUGGUAGUACAAAAUUACCAUCUCUAUUUAAAAAGUCUUGGGUUAAGCUCUGGAGAAUUUUCAUAGGCGAAUUCUUCUGUGUGGGCUGGAUCUGUAAACACUCCAAUAAAAUCUAUUUCUAGGAAGAAUGGACCAUCCACUUUAUCAGCCAGAGUGAAUCCAAUAGAAGAGAUCUACAUUUAAAAUAAAACUGAUCAAAAUCGCAUAUACUGAUAUUGUUCCUGGAGUUUUCAAGUUCCAUGAGGUGAUUCAUAUAACUGGGUCUUUACACUAUCAGCCCUGAGCAAGUAUGCCAUAGUUCUCCUAUGCUAUAUAGCAAAUCAUAAGAGGAAGUGCAGGGAUGAUUCUUCUUUCUACUUUCUCUUCCUCUCUUUAAAGUAGUGCCACUUGGGGCGCCUGGGUGGCUCAGGUCAUGAUCCCAGGGCCCUGGGAUCAAGCCCCACAUCGCUCAGCGGGAAGCCUGCUUCUGCCUCUCCCACUCCCCCUGCUUGUGUUCCCUCUCUCGCUGUCUCUCUCUCUGUCAGAUAAAUAAAACCUUAAAAAAAAAAAAGUAGUGCCACUUAAGACUGGUUAGGACAGCAUGGAUGUCUAAUGGAGGUUCCUUGAAGCCCUCCUGAACUGGAAUACUGUUCUCUUAUUUUAGAGCUAAAAUAAAAUGUAGGCAGGCUGAAAAGACCAUAGUGAAAGCUCUCCCAGCGGGGGGUUUGGCUCACAGAAGAGGUCUGAAGCAACCUCUGCGUGGAAUAACAGGGGAGGCCUUGAUAAGAAUUUUCAUCUUUCAUUUGCCAACCCUCAAAAAUGGACUGAAAUCAUCCUCACAGGAGUUUUGUUUUACUAAAGUUAACAGUUCUGAGUCAAAGUACAGGAAAAUGUUACCUUGUCAAGCAGAAGCUGGUACUGGGCAUCCCGGAUUCUUCCUUGAUUAGAGAAGAAAAAUUUGGAGAAAGGAAUCUGAAAAGAGAAACCAUUUACUUCAGAGCUAAAAUAUAAGCAGCUGAGGCAUUUGUAUGGAAUUGCAAUGAUAACAGUUUAAUUCUAACAAUUGUAAUAUAUGCAGUUAUGACAAGUGGCUAGGCAUUUGGAUCAUAGAUAUAUUUUUUAAAAAAUAAUAAGUAUUAGAAGAAAACAGAUGAAAACCUUUCUAAGCCAGAAAUCCCAAAGGAAAAACAAUAGAGUACAAUUUAACUUCUGACAGCAAAGACAAAGGAUAAAUUAGGAAAAAAAUAUUUGUAAUAUUUAUGGACAAAAACUAGUAUCCACAAAGCUUUCACAGGUAACUAAGAUUUAACAACCAACGGAAACAUGGGGAAGGGGAGAAACAGGCACACUUGUAUACUACUGGUAGGUGUGUAGAUUGAUACAACUCUUAGAGGAUGACCUGCAACUGGGAGGCAGGAGUCCACCAUGGCCCCAAGAUUUCCACCUUCUGUGUCCACACACCUUCCAGGUAUCCACCCUAACCUCUGCCGCUGAGAAGGGACUCUGCAAAUGGAAGGUCCCAAAGCACCUGACCUUAAUAUAGGGAAGAUUAUCCUCUGUAGGCCCAACUUAAUCACUUGGGCCCAUAGGUUGACUGGCAAGAGAGGUUAAAACCAUCUCCUUGGGGGCAGAUUAUCCACUGCUGGCUCUGAAGACAGAAGAAGUGAAAUGGCAAAGACUGCAGGCAGCUUCUAGGAGCUGAGAGAGGCGCUCAGCUGACAACCAGUACAGAAACCAGGAUGUUAGUCCUACAAUCAUAGGAAUUGAAUCUGGCCAAUAACUACAAUGAACUUGUAAGUGGAUCCUUCCCCAGAGCCUCUAGAAAGGAAUACAGCCCAGGUGACACCUUGAUUUCAGACUUCUAAGGCCCUGAGCAUUGGACCCAGGUAUACUGAGCCCCAACUCAUGACCUAUUGAACUUUUGAACUAUGAGCUAAUGAACAUGGGCCGUUUAAAGCCACUAACUUUAUGGUAAUGUUUUAUGUAGAAAACUAAUGGCAAUAUUUAGCAGAUUAUGAAAUGCCAUAACUUUGACCUACCAAUUUCACUUAUAUUUCACUUAUAUGUUAUAAUCUCUGACACAUAAAGAUGUAGCUUUUUCUAAAAAAAAAAAAAAGGAAAAAUAGGAGUAUGGUUAAAUUAUGGUGCAUGCAUACAACUGAAUACUACGCAGCUAUUUUCUUAAUGCAGACCUACACAGGAUACAAUGGGAAGGAAGACCUCUACAAUAUAUUAGUGAAGAGGAUCUAGACAAGAAUCCACAGUAUAAACACAAAUUUUAAAAACCCCUCAAAAAAAAAAACUAAUAAACUUUUGGCAAUUGGGAACAACCCA